CGUCCUGGCUCAAUCGCAGGCGUCCCGCUGGCGAUGACGCAAGCCAACCGCACACUUCGCCUUCGCUCCUCCGAGACUCGCAGCAGAUCCCCGCCCGCCCGCCCGCCCGACCGACCGAGCCGAGCGCCGAAGCCCGGAAGAAGACGGAGAGGCUUCACGUCCGCCUCCCGAGUCCGGACCGCGCGGCACCGCAGCCUCUUGCCUCUUGUGAGAGUGCGAUGAGGAGAGCGUUCCCGGCGUGAGGAGGAGGAGGAGGAGGCCAUGGGCUGCACCUCGGCCAAGCAGGUGUCGGCCGUGCCCAACGAAGACGACGGACGGGGGAAGGCCUACAGCAACGGGGACGUCUUCGCUGAUGAAUACAAGAUGAAGGGCGUAGAGGAGGUGAAGUACAUGAGAGGGGAAGAAAACCGGGUAAAUGCACGCAACCAGGAGAACGUGGAGAAAAGUAGCGUGCAGCACCGGGACAAGUUGCAGAAAGAGACGGCGACAAAUAUUAAAUCGAACAUCCACACGUCAGACAGCCAGCAGGAGUUCUUCCGGAUGCUGGAUGAGAAGAUUGAGAAGGGGCGAGACUACUGCUCGGAGGAGGAGGAGGAGGAGGAGGAAGAGGAUGAAGAUGAGGAGGGGACAUAGCACAAAGGCCCCCCACCCCACCCCUGAGAUUUCACAGCAACUGAGACCCUCGCAGUGUGUGUGAGCGUGAGACUUGAAUCAGUAUUUUACCAGCGGGUAGGGGGUGUGCAUGUGCGAGAUAUGGCAAAAGUAAGUAUUUUGCGUGUAAAAAAAAAUCACAGCGUGGGACAACAAAAAAAAAAACAAAAAAAAAACUUUUUCUCCCCCACCCCCCGGACCUUGCUGCCGGCUGAAAGGGCCGACCCCAAAGGGGGCACAAAUGUGGGGGCCCACAGAGGUGACCAAAAUGACUUUACGUCGUCGCGAUGGACAAGCCGGAUGGGAAGAUUUGGGAGGAUUUUAAUAAGAGGCAGGAGUCCGCUACCCUUUUUUUGGUUCUCCAACCCCCCACCACUUUUUUUUUUUUUUUUUUUUUUUUUGAGCACAUGUGAAUUAUAAACAUGGAGCAGACUAAAGCAUCCUCCCUCAACACACACACUUUAAGUUUACCAGCAGACUUUCAUUUUGUCACCUUUUUUUUUUUAUUUUUCAUCAUAAUUUUAGAGUACAAUCAGUACGCACUGAGGUGCUGUAGCAACAAACGAGGGAGGAUGAGGAUGAAGAGGAUGCGCGGUUGCCGUGGAGACGCAGGCCUGAUCACUUUUCUGUUUUGUUUACCAGAGACUUCCUCGUUGUAUUAUUUGUAUACAUUUUUUUCUAUUAAAAUGAAAAUGCUAGACGU